UGACCUCGUCAGGUCAGGUUUUUGGAUAUGGAUCAAUGAGGACUAACACUGGUUUAGGUCUAUUAAUUUGUCAAUCAAGAUUAUUUUCAAUGGAAUAAACUCUGGGAAGAGCCACAUAAAGAUUAGCCCCAAGGCAGUCACAGCGUGCAGGGAGAGGCACAUUCGAUGCCAACGCAAGAAAUCUUGACAGUUGAAGACGCGGGAAGGUACAUCCCAAAGAAUUUUACUUCUGCUAGAGGGAAAUAGCUUCGAAUUGGUGCUUGAGUGUGAAUUUGAGGCGUUAAGUGUAGCUGAGUAGUUCAACAUGAAAAGUAGUUAUAUUUCGGAUGAAUUGCCACCUUUAGAUGAUCGUUUGUUCAUAUCCGCAUGAGUCGAGCGGAAUCAAUAGUGCUCCUCCUGCAUGACAAAAGCUAUCAGAGCCUGGAUCACAUCUCGAUAUUUUAUUCUAGUAUGUUUUGCGCGGCAUUUAAAACACAGCGUGUGAUUAAUCUCUUUAUUUAACCAAUCCGAACACUGUGACCAAUUUGGCACUUGGAAGUGUGAAAUUAAAAAACAUAAGGUAGGUCUGCGAGGUUUCUUUCGCGGCAGAAGCUCUCGUCGGGACGCUUACUAGGUAUCUGACAUACCACUAAGCUUCGUACGCAACAGAUAAUCUCAAAAAUUAGUAUGGAGGAUACUACGAGCAGCGGCAAUGAUGCCAAGUUAGUCUUUACCGACUCAGACGCUAACGCGGCGCCCAGCACAGACGCCUCGCAGGCUGAUCUCCAGGCGCAGCUUGCGAUUUUUCAGCAGCAACAGCAACAAUACAUCCAACAGCUUGUACGUGUCUUGCUUAUCUAUUUAGAGUGGCGUUGACGUAGUGCUUUUCUACUUUAACAUCACUUUCGAUUACUCUAUUGAGGUCCUGUAGAU